GUGCUUAAUAACCUGGCGCGAACACUGUAAGUGGGAACACCUUAUGUGAUACAGAUAUGUUUAAGGCUAGUCAAUUUUUAGAGGGUGUUGUACUAAGGUUAUGACACUAUAUUGUAUAGCAGAUUAAGUUUCCUUCUGAAACUUUUGUCAUGAAGUUAAUACAUAUCUAUCGUGAACUGACCUUUGUAAAUAUUCUAUAAAAGACCAUAUCAUUUAACCUUUGUCAGUUUUCAUCUCCUGGUCAGGCUAAUUAAAAUACAAAUACUUAAUUUACAUCAGACACAUCACUUAAUAUCUAAACCUCCGGUCUCUAAAGCCUCUCUGCUUACCACAGUUACUGAUUUUAGUACUAAGCCAGUUAAUACUUAACGACGACUAUGUACUCAUUUAUUCGGUUUAUUUAGACAAACUCUAUACUCGCCCAGCUUUUAAUUAUGGCUGACAACCCCAGUAAAUAGGAAAUAUCGCUGAUUUCUGAACCAACCAAAAGGUCGAAAUCUGUAGUCCCUAUAUCUGACGAAUCAGUACUUGGCAAAGUCAAACAUUCAUCUUCUGAACUCUGUGCCUCUUAUCUACAGAUAUCACUACUCGAUUUUUCGAGUGGCAUUCCGUCCAUCUUUUUGUGCGUUUGGUCAACAGUAAGACCAAUUUCGGGGAAGCCGCUAUAGAAACUUUUGUGGAAAUGAUACCAAAACCCCAAAAUUUCCCUUUAACCUGGGUGAAGGUCAUUUGACUUUGAGGAUUUCCCCGAAAUUUCACAAAAUAGAAAUCUCACAAACUGCGGCGUUUAAUAUUCUGACACCAAAAUACUGAUUUCUAUAGUGGCGAUACAAGGCAGAUAGGAAACUCACCUGCUGAAAUUAACAAUAAUCUUAAUCAGUUAGCAUCCUCCACGCACAUACGGGCUUUAAAUAAUAAUAAAAACCCCAAACAUUUCACUAAAACCGAAUGAAUCAUUCGGUUCGUGGCUGACGAAGCAACGAAAAGACUAGUGUCUUCCUACAAUGUGGUCGCCUACAAUGGCACUGACCGCACACCCCACCAAGCUAAGGAAUAUUAGUCCUCGAAAGUGCUGUGCUGAACUUCAGCUGCCAAUUCGUUCGCUAUAGAAAAAAGUUGGAUGAGUCAACAUGCUCCCUUUUGUUUAAAUUUAGCUGUUGUAACGAUGCUAAACAGUUAAUAAAUUCAAGUGAAAAUAUUAGUUCGUUCAUUCCAUGUAAAACGUAAGAGCCACUCAGAGACAACACCCUUGCCAGCGUCGUGUAAGAAGACGGAGAGUUGGGAUCACAUGAUCGAGUUAUAGCAAAUAACCAACUAGAGACAACCUCUAAUACUGUGAAGAGUAUCAAACACGUCUAUCAUCAGCGUGAUGUGAAUACACAGACGAUAUGUUACUCUGAAGAUUUAGAUGAGUCUACAGAUAAGAAAAUUUCGAAUAAGAUAAGGAAUCAACAGAAAAACCCAGAAAACAUAGCGACAUUUACGAUUCUAGUAUGGACUGUUCGACUAGUAAAGUGCUUAAAUAUAAGCCAUAUGAUGAGACGUAAACCAAGUCGAUUUUCAAAAAGACAGACGUACGUUUUAAGCUAGCUAUGAGGUCGUGAAUAAGUGGUAGGGAAUUGUGAAUAAGUGUCGUUCUCAUUCUGAUUCACCGAUAAUCACCAGUUGGAUGCUAAUCACUUGUCUUUUCAAGGGACUAUAUCCAAGGGUGAUGCCUAUGGACUGUUUGAUGAUAAGGUACUUAACAAGUCUACCAAAUGCUCGAAUUUGUUUAUUGCAAAUCUUAGCACUUUGGGAGUUAGUCCGUGCGCUUUCGAAAAUCCAGGUGGUCCUGUAGUCGUGAAGUGGUAUGUAACAUUUAUGAUCACACACGGUAGUUUCAGUUGUGUUUUGUAAUGCUCAGGGUACUUAUCGAGUGUGUGUUGAAAGUAUAGGUUGAAUGUUUAUUCAUGACAAAGCCCAUCAGUGAUGUAUAGCAAACGACUAAAUUCAUCAGUCACAGCCGCUGUUAUCGUGUGGCGGUUAAAAUGUUUCCCGGAAGGUUUGGGGUUGACAAAACUGCAGAAAUUCUCAGAAUGUUUAGAGGAUUUACCAUAGGUAUUUUGGUGCACAUGCACUCAGGAUUAUCUGUUCCUCGUGGUCUCGAUGAGGACCUUUCUCGUUACGAGUUUGUUUGAGGAUUUUCGGAGCAUCUGCCUUCAUGAUUAACGUUGGGAAAACGAUUAAGAGUUCUAUAGAGAUCCGUAAUGUCAUUUAUUGUCAUUUAAGGCAUUUCUUGGUCAGAAAAAACCUCGAUGUUGGAAGUUAUAGUGAUCUCCAUAAACGAUCAGCAGAUGCAGUCUGUCCAUUUACGAUGAUAUUUUGGAAUGAGACGACAGCCCCUUGAACCUGCUAGAAAAGCUUAGAUAAGUUAUCUAAAGAGGUCCUAGUCGAAAAUUCAUUACCCAAUGACCUACCACAUACGUAACAACAUCCCUGUUAUUGAGCUGUAUUGCAAUUCGAUAUGCGGCGGACCAGUACAAAUAUGAGAAUAUCUUGACUUAUUUAAUGCUCCUAAACGUAUACAAAGAUGAGUUAAUAGAACACAAAGAAGUUAUACAAAAUAUAUAAGAAUUACUUGCUAUUGUUAGAAUGGUGUGUUUACGGGUCCGUGACUGAUAUUGGUUAACAGUUGUUUUGAGUUUCAUCUUAACCGUAGAAAAAUGGCCUUUGCUCUGCCAACUCUUGCCGUUACAUCUGCAUCAACUUCUUGUUCAUCGAUGGUAAUGUCUAGGUACAUAAAAGUUUCUAAUUCUUCGAGAGUUUCUCCAUCAAGUGGGAUCGGGUUUAGGGGAAGACAAAGAGUGUGUACACCUACGAUAUUGUGAUCGGUUCUGAUCCAUGUCAUGCAGUCUCUAACGUCUGGUUACUAUGGUCGCGCGGACCCCAACCAAGUCUGUAUCUAUCAACAUGGCUCAGGCCAGAAGUUAGCGACCUUUAAGGACUGAUGCUACUUUUUGGUUUGGCCGCUCCUAAGUUGUGACAAGAGUUGCAAGUAAUAAAUUAUGUCUAGUAACAAAGCCUGAAAGAACCUAGUAAGUGGUAAAUGCUUGUUUUUUUUUUCAAAAGCACUAAAAACAUCUCCGUAAACACUAAACACUCAUUUAUUCACUUACUAUAAUAUAUUAUUUAAUGCCAAAUUGAGAAAAUGGAACUCAAUAAACACUAAACGAUGGUUUGUUCAUUGAAUGUCUUCAAAGGUUGGAUUGCAGUUUGAUGUUAAAGUUGCAGAUUAAAUUAUCUGGUUCCAAUUCGAUUUCCAGAUUGUCUUAAUUUAAAGCUUGUUUAGUUGCUGAUUGCUGUCUAUUGCUUUUCUUACUGGAUCACCUAUACUACCAUCUGAUUGUACGCAAACCGCUGCAGUUCUGUAACUCAUUCGAAGCCUCCAGCUAUCAACCUCUAGUUUCAACUAUCAGCUUAUUAAUUCUAAUGGUUAGCGAUUGCUUUCAAUGUUAAGUGUAAGUGCAUGCUAUAUACCUCCUGAGCUGUCGACUCACUUCUGUUGUUAUUUUAUUUUCCAGAUUCUCUGCUCCCCACCCACGCAGCUUACAAGGUACCUUCAGGCUAGAUACAAACCUACCAAAGGCUGAAUGUUUCAAGUCGUAUGCCUCAAGGUUUGUAUCUAUUCUAUCUAGCUGAUAACUCUCUAUUUAAGAGAAUCGUAUUAAAUUUUUUUGUCAAGAAUAUGAUCCGAAAGUCAACAGGAUAUUAAUUACAGUAUAUAAAGUACCAUGCAGUGCAGAAAUUAUAUUAAGGUAUUUGGAUUUGACGAAUACUGACAAAAAGUAACAUCAUUUUUGUACAAUUCGUUUGAUUUACCGUUAAUUUCGAUACUUGAUCCCGUCCCGUGUUUAUCGGCUUGAACAAUGGAUCCUUGGUUCUUGUAGAAGUAUUGAAAUCCAAUUUAGACUGCAAUAUAUCAUUAAACAGAACCAACGUAAUGUAGCAUAUUGGAGAGCUCCAAUGGUUUGUAAUUCAAUCACUGAACAAAUCUGUGCAUGUGAAAACGUUUUUAGGGGUUUUUAAACGCUUUUGAGGUGUUCUUAAGUUUUAGGUUAGGGAUAAGUAACAAUUACUCAAAAAAUGUGUUUCGAAUAAUCGUAUUUUGGCAAACAACUACUUGUUAAACAUAAAAUGUCUGUCAAGUAACUCGAACAAGUUAAAUAUUCUUUACGAAAUUCAUAGCUCACCGAAGAGCCUGGCUUUUUUAAAAUAAUUUCUUCUAAUGCCAGUGCUACCAUUUAACUGUAAAAAAUAACUGAUGAGUAAACCCUCAAAAUUAAAUUGUACCUAGGACAGUAAGCCAUAUUUUACACCAAUAUAUACAAGCACUUACAAACCAUGGUAACUGAAUAUUUCGGUUUGCUUAAAGUCUCAAUUUAUAACAUUCAAUUUUCCUGUCCAUGUGUUCUUUUUUGGUCUUAUCUUCCCUUUCAGUCUAGAAUGCCGAUUUCUUAAGCGACCUAUGCUUCCCUAUGAUGUGUAAAUAUCAGUAAUUCUUCGUAUUCUUCCCUCAUAUUGAGUACCUCAAGAAACUACAUACCUCUCAUUUGGUUAAAUAAUAUUUACACUUAGUAAUUUUCAACUACUGAAACCACUUAUCCAAAAAUUUAGGAUCAAAUAAGGAAAUAACAUUGGUUUUUAGUUCUUAUAUUAUACUAUUUGACUCAAUCGCCUACUUUUAUACCAUUAUAGUCUCUCGAGCUUUUCAUGUUCUUUACAUUGAUUUUAUGUACUUCAGAUAACUCCUGCGGAUAUGCUGAUCACAUGCAAAUUAUAUCCAACGCUGUUCAAGAAUGGGAUUCCGCAUUUAUUUCAUUCACGAAGUCUUGCAAACACUUAUAUGAAAGUCGUAAAGAAAAUAGUCUGCUAGUUGAUGUCCAACCGUGUUUUUCGUUUCCGAUUCUAAACGAACUCAUUGAAACACGCUUAAGUAUUUCCAUGAAAUUAGCUGUUGGCAAAUACCAAGAAAAAUCAUUCGAUGCCAGAGACAAAUUUAAUCAUUCAACGGAUCAUCUAUUUUCUGCUCUAAAUUCAUUUGCCGAAGCCGUUAUAAACCAUUACGUCCUAAACAGUCGCCUUCCUAAAGUUGUCUCAAUUCAAAACAUCCUGAAUGUAAUAAAUUCCUUUAAAAAUAUGUUGGCUGAUGAGUGCGAUGCAAUCAGAUUAUUCCACUUUAAACAAGUUUUUGAUGAUUCAUUUGACACUAACGACAAGUGGACCAAUUACUUUCUGUCUAGUAAUUCUCUGAGUAAACGUACUUGGUGUAAUGAUUUUAUUGUACAGUUAAAUACCUUGCUAGAUUUUUUGAUAUAAGGCUGUCGACCUAACUAUAAGUUUUUAUUUGGAUGCAGAUGUUAGUGGUGGUAAAGCCCUUGCACAAAAAUAGCUAUGGAAUAAAUAACAAUACUUGAUGUGUUCUUUGAAUUAGUCUGUUCGAAGGAUGAUAAGAUCUGUAUGUGAUCUUUUUUAGUGCAUCUUUAAUCGUGAAAUUCAGUGUGGCCUUCUGUCAGUGAUCAUGAACAUAGGACGUAGUACAAUUGUGCCUCGGUCCAAGAGGCCAUCAGCAUACUGAAAACUUACUAACAUAAAUAGCAAAAAAGAUAAACAGUAAAAACACCAACUGUAUCGAGAAGAAUAAACACGGAGGGUAUGGUUCGAAAAGAGACAUGUCAUGUAAAAUCUUCAACUAUUGGAACCCUAUACUUUUUCGCAUUCAUAAAAUGAUUCGGAUGUUUGCCAGUUAAUCCAAAGUUAGAGGGAUUAGAGUUUGUCAACAAAUCAUCCAUUUGGUCUCUAUGAGAGAAAAUGCAGGGUAAUCAAUAUGAAAUGAAUAUUAAGUGAAUUUGUUCAAAGCCACAGAUUCUGUACACUAUCGUCACUUAUUAGAUUUCCACUCACCCUUUCAAUGUAAGUACCAACCUAUCCUGUCAGUUUUUCCCAAUCAGUUAAAAAUAACGUAGCACCAGCCAUAGUAUAUCAGUACAGUGCAAAGAACGUAAAAAAGUAGUAUUACAGGAUAGCCGAAGGAGUAGCAUUUACGCCCGUAAAAACCUAAAUAUAAAAUGUGGUUUGAAAAGAAGUAGGGUUCAGACCUGUGACUCAUUGUUUUAGGUCAUUAGUGAUAUGGCUGUAUUAUGGAAGCACGCAAGACGGGGUUGGGCUUAGCAUGUUUUACGUUAAGAGUAUUUAAGCUAUACGAAAACCACAUGUCUAUUGAGUGUUUCUUCAGCAUUAUAUUUUUAAAAGCAGGGUAACUUUCAUGUGGACAUUAAGUUUGUUUGUAUGAAGUGUUCUUAUUUAUGACAUUCUGAAUCUAGAGUAUGAUGAUGCGUAAAAAGGAGGAAUUUCGCUUUCAUAUUAUAUAUAUAUAUA